GCGGCGGCGGCGGCGGAGCGGGCUGUGGCCUUGUGUCCCCCGCUGCAGCACCGUGAGCCACACCGCAGCUGGAGCCGUGCCAUGAGGGAGAGCUUCGACACCCUGCGUGCCCUGGGUUCCCCCGUGGCCAAGCCGGAGCCGGUCCCACUGGCAGAGGAGAUGGAGGCACCGGGUUGUGCCGGCUCAGCGUGGCUGGUGGUCCCCAAGGUGGAGGCAAUCCCUGAGGGUGAUGGAGAAGAGCCGGGGGCUGCAGGGGAGCCGGGGAGCCUGGAGCACAGCUGCUCAGAGGACUGGCUGGUGAGGAAGGUGAAGGUGGAAGACGAGUUCGAGGAGUGGCCAGCUGGCCCCGGCACCGAAGCCCUGCUGGCGGGGCAGCCCCCGGCCAGCGUCUUUCCCCCUGCUGCUGGCACGCUGGACUGCACGGGUACCUGCAAGCCAGAGCAGCCAUGCCCGGAGGAGCUGGGCUGUGGUGGGCUGCCCGCCUUCACCCUGCCAUCCUGGCCGCUGCUUGGCCAGAGCCCAGCCGGCACCGGUGGCUGUGAGCACUGCUUUCAGGCGCGGCUCAGCCUGCAGCUGCCAGUGAGCGAGGGUGAGCCCCAGCCUUGCGGGGGCUGCGGGACCCCGGCCCCCCCACGCCCCUUCGCCUGCACCCAGUGUGGGAAGGGCUUUGGCAAGAAGGCGCAUCUGACACGGCACCUGCGGGUGCACACAGGUGAGCGGCCCUUCCCCUGUGGGCAGUGCGGCCGCCGGUUCCGCCAGAAGAUCCACCUGCGCUCCCACCAGAAGACGCACACAGGCGAGCGGCCCUUCCCCUGCCCCGAAUGCGGCCGCCGCUUCCGCAAGAAAACCCACCUGGUGCGGCACCAACGCACCCACACCGGCGAGCGGCCCUUCGCCUGUGCCCACUGCGGCCGCUGCUUCGCCCACAAGCAGCACCUCCUCCGGCACCAGCAGCUGCACACCGAGCCGGCGCCGGGGGACGGGGAUGGGGGGCUGCCUGCCGAGCAGAAGCCCUUCCCCUGCCCCGAGUGCGGGAAGAGCUUCAGCUGGAAGAAGAACCUGGCAUCCCACCGCCGGCUGCACCAGGAAGGACAGCCCUUUGCCUGUGCCGAAUGCGGCCGCGGCUUCAGCGACAAGCGGCACCUGACGGCGCACCUGCGGGGGCACAUGGGGCUGAAGCCCUACGCCUGCCCGCACUGCGAGAAGACCUUCAGCCACAAGCCCAACCUCACCACGCACCAGCGCACCCACACUGGCGAGCGGCCGUUCGCCUGCCCGCACUGCACCCGCGGCUUUGCCCACAACCAGCACCUGCUGCGGCACCUGCGGGUGCACACUGGUGAGCGCCCCUUCGCCUGCCCCCAGUGCGGCCGCUGCUUCAGCUCCCGCCCCAACCUCAUCGCCCACGCCAAGGCGCACACCGGUGCCCGGCCCUUUGCCUGUGAGCAGUGCGGCCACACCUUCAGCCGAAAGUCCCACCUGGCACGGCACCAGGCGGUGCACACCGGCACCCGGCCCCACGCCUGCACCCAGUGUGGCAAGCGCUUCAGCUCCAAGACCAACCUGGUGCGGCAUCAGGCAGUGCACACCGGCCACCGGCCCUACAUCUGCACCCAGUGCGGCAAGAGCUUCAGCCGCAAAACCCACCUGCUGCGCCAUGAGCGUACCCAUGCCGCCACCACGCCCCGGCAGAGCUGGCCAGCCCCUGCUGCCCCAGCCCCCCCAGCCACCCUCUGCCCCUGAGCACUGAGCACCGGGACAUGCCAGGGACCCUGGUGGCACCCAGCGCCGCAGCCUCCUGCAGGCACUGCCUGCAGACCCCAGCCCUGCCCAUGGCCCCUUGCCCAGGCAGGGCCCCCCCCCGUGCCCGCUGGAGAUGCAGCGCACGGUGUGGAGUGCAGCUCCUGACCGUGCCGGCAGCGAUGUGGCCGGUGGCCAAGCCCCGGCUCUAAAAUGGUCUCACAAACGCAUGAGUAGGGUCCAGCCCGCGGCACACUGCGCCAGGGCUGGCGGGGGAGUUGGGGUACAGGGGGAGCCCCGUCCCGGCCCCUCUCAGGGCAGGGGCUGUCCCCGUGGGGGUGCCGGUUUGUGGGGGUGCCGUGGGGCAGAGGGGCACCAACCUGCCUGGUGCUGGCAGGAAUGAGCCAAAACUGCCAAUAAACCAACUUUUGCCGCAGUUCCCAGCGGGUGUCUGAGGGCCGAGCGGGGGGGACACAGGCAGGGGCAGACAGCGGAGGUCUCAGCUGGGGGCUGGGGUCGCAUUGCCUUCCUGCGGUGGCAGCGUGACAGCCUGCGGCUGCUGGAGGC